AUGGAGAAAACAAGCGAUGGGACGUGGGGCAGCUUAGCUGUUAAAUUAAACGACAACAUCUUGGAGACACUCCGGGAACUCCAAUUCACGCACAUGACGCCCGUGCAGGCUGCCUGUAUCCCCCUUUUCAUGAGCAACAAGGAUGUCGCUGCCGAGGCGGUCACUGGGAGCGGGAAGACACUGGCGUUCGUCAUUCCUAUUCUGGAAGUUCUGCUCAGGAGAGAAGAGAAGCUCAAGAAGAUGCAGGUGGGGGCGCUGGUGGUCACGCCCACACGCGAGCUUGCCAUACAGAUCGGCGAAGUGAUUGGGCGUUUCCUCCAGAGGUUCCCGCAGUUCACGCAGAUGUUGAUGAUCGGCGGCAACAACCCGAUGGAGGAUGUGGAGAAAUUCAAGAAAAAUGGGGCCAACAUCGUUGUCGGCACGCCUGGCCGCCUCGAGGACAUGUUCCGCAGGAAAUGCAACGGCGUGGACUUGGCCGGCUCGGUCAAGAGUCUAGAUGUGCUGGUUCUGGACGAGGCUGACAGACUUCUAGACAUGGGCUUUGAAAACAGUUUGAACACCAUUUUGAGCUUCCUGCCCAAGCAGCGGCGCACCGGAUUAUUCUCGGCCACGCAGACACAGGAAGUGGAAAAGCUUGUCCGAGCCGGACUACGGAACCCUAUGCGGAUCGCCGUCAAGGAGAAGCCGGGUGCCGGUACCACCCGCAAAACGCCUGCCGCGCUCCGCAACUACUACACGGUUUGUCGCGCUGACGAAAAGUUCAACGCGUUGGUGGCGUUUCUGCGGCAACACAAACAUCACAAGCAGCUGGUCUUCUUUAGCACAUGCGCCUGCGUGGAGUACUUUGGCCGCGCUCUGGAGAAUUUGGUGAAGAAGGUCCCUGUCCACUGCAUCCACGGCAAAAUGAAACACAAACGCAACAAAAUUUUCGCCGACUUUCGGGCCCUCAAAAGCGGCAUCCUGGUGUGCACGGACGUGAUGGCGCGCGGCAUCGACAUCCCGGACGUGGAGUGGGUGCUGCAGUACGACCCGCCCAGCAGUGCCAGUGCUUUCGUACACCGCUGUGGUCGCACGGCACGCAUCGGUAACAGCGGCAACGCUUUAGUCUUUUUGUUGCCCAUGGAAGAGUCCUAUGUCAACUUCCUGUCCAUCAACCAGAAGUGCCCACUUCAGAAAAUGGCUGCCGUGAGCGACGUGGUGGACGUGCUGCCCAAAGUGAAGGCGCUGGCGCAAGCGGACCGCGCCAUGUUUGACAAGGGCAUGAGGGCGUUCGUGUCGUAUGUACAGGCUUACGCCAAGCACGAGUGCAGCCUGAUCUUCAGGAUUAAAGAUUUGGACUUUUCCUCGGUGGCCCGCGGCUUCGCGCUCCUUCGCCUACCCAAGAUGCCGGAACUGCGUGGGAAAAGUUUCCCAGACUUCCAGCCGGCGCCGCUGGACACUGAGUCAAUUCGCUACAAGGACAAACAGCGCGAGAAGCUGCGGCAAAAGACACUGGCCGAGCUGAAAGAGCGGCAGCAGGAGGACGGCAAGCGCCCGGGCCCCAAACCCGUCCGGAACCAAGCGUGGUCCAAACAGAAAGCUAAAAAGGAAAGGCGAGCCAAGAACGCCGCCAAGAGGAAACGUGCGCAGGUCGACGACGACAAAGAAAUGCAGGAGCUUCUUAAGGACACUCGCCUGCUGAAGAAAUUGAAGAAGGGGCAAAUCUGUGAGGAGGACUUUGAACGGGAGAUCACCGGCGGGACGUUUCAUUAA